UAUAAUCCUCAUGGUUUACAAAAUCUCCACUUUAGUUUAGUAUUGAAUAAAAGCUGGUUUAACAAAGCCGUUGAGGUUAAAUAACCACUGUUAUGUUAGUUUAAUUUGUGAUUAGAUAAACUAUAUUUUAAUAAGGUAGCUGCAUAAUUCAGUAUAUGCAUAUGGGAAAAUGGAAGACUGUUACAAUAACAUCGAAAAACGACGCAGAUCGAGCAAUUUUAGCCGCAUCGAAUUGAUGUUGCUAUUAAAACUCGUGAAGAAGUUUACCCCGAUACUCAACAACAGAAAGACUGAUGCGAUUUCGAACACAGCCAAGGCUCAAUGCUGGCUGAAAAUCGAGCAAAUAUUUAACUCACACAGUUUUGAGACUUAUCGUUCUUGGUCUCAUCUAAAGAAAAAGUACGAAAAUCACAAGAAAGUAAAGAAACAACAGUUUAUUGACAAUGGCAAAGAGCAGGAUCCCAAUCAAUGGAUUGAUACAGAAAUUAGUAAUAUUUUUCAAGAAAUUAAAGAUGAAAGUUGUAGUAGCCCGCCUUUCGAUGUACCUGAAGUCAAAAUGGAAAAUACUAGUUCUGUUGAAGGUGAUGUUGUUGAUAUGGAAUCCCGUGAUGACGACGAAUUUGCACUCAAUAAAGAAACCCAAAAAAAUCCAGGUCAAAAAGAUGACGAUGAAGUUGCGUCAUUUAAUGACCCCACUAUUCAAUUGAACUUAGGAACAGAUUACGAUACGUACGAAGAUUGCAGACUGCAGUUUCUGAAGGAAGAAUUCCAAGUAAAAUUGCGACAAAUGCAGAAAAAGCAUGAAUUGGAGCUAAAGUUAAUGAAAGAAGCUCACCUUCAAAAGAUGGAUUUACAAAGAGCCGAACACGAGCUCGAAUUGGAUAUAAAGAAAAAGACGAUUGAGCAAAAAUUAAGCAUCGAGCGGUCCGAACACGAAAUAAAAUUAAAGUUAUUGGAGGUGGAACUAAGGAAUAAAAAAAGGGAUAUAUAUGUAUUUAAGAGGACAUGUUAAUUUUUUUUGUAAAAUGUAUUGUAAAAUUAUAUAUUACAUACCUAUCUUAUUUAGGGUGUCCUUGAAAUCUUUAACCAUCUUGCCUGGAGUUUUUGGCCACCCUUUAUAAUUAUUAUGUAAUAAUUAUUUUAUGUAUGAGUUAAGGCUGUUAUUUAAAUAACCGAGCCCAGCUUUUUGUAUGGCCUUAUUUCAUCUUUGAUGAAUUUUAAAACCGAAUAAACUCAAUAAAAAUUGCAAAAAA